CCCAUCCUGCUCGAUAUACUGGCACGAAGACGCGGUACAAUGUCGACGGGCACGGCAGCCGCUCUCCCCCUCCAACAGUACCCCGCAUCCUCUGUCACUGAGAGCCGCCAUGCCUCCAGGGCCCGCUUCUUCGUAGCUGAGCUCUCACAGGCCCUCUUCGACUUUGUCAUCCAGCUCCUGCCCACCGCGGAGGAGAUGGCUGUCAAGGAGGACGUCCGCAAGCUGCUUGAGCGUCUCAUUCGCACGAUAGAGCCAGACAGUCGUCUGCUGUCCUUUGGCAGCACAGCCAACGGCUUCAGUCUUCGCAAUUCUGACAUGGACUUGUGCUGCCUCAUAGAUUCAGAGGAGCGCCUCUCCUCUUCAGAUAUGGUAACGAUGCUAGGAGACCUGCUCGAGAGGGAGACCAAAUUCCACGUGAAGCCGCUCGCUCACGCUCGAAUACCGAUCGUCAAGCUCUCGCUAGAUCCAUCUCCAGGAUUGCCCUUGGGCAUCGCCUGCGACAUUGGCUUCGAGAACCGAUUAGCGCUCGAGAACACCCGCCUCCUGAUGUGCUAUGCCAUGAUCGAUCCUACUCGGGUACGGACGCUAGUCCUAUUCCUGAAAGUCUGGAGUAAGCGACGGAAGAUAAACUCGCCCUACUCGGGAACGCUUUCAUCGUAUGGAUAUGUUUUGCUAGUCAUAUAUUUCCUAGUCCACGUCAAAAAUCCGCCCGUUCUUCCGAAUUUACAGCAGAUGCCUCCCAUGCGUCCGAUCAGCCAGGAUGACACGCACGUUGGAGGCUAUAAUACUUGGUUUUUCGACGAUAUUGAAUUGCUCCGUCAGCGUUGGCAGUCCUCGAAUACCGAAAGUGUAGCAGAACUGUGCGUGUUUAACCUCAUCGACUUUUUCCGUUAUUAUUCUCGCGAUUUCUCAUACAACACUGGGGUUGCUUCCAUUCGAGCGGGCCUGUUGAAGAAGGAAAGCAAAGGGUGGCAGAACGAUCUCUCAAGUAGUAAAUACAACGAUGCACGGGAGCGAAAUCGUUUCUGCAUAGAGGACCCUUUUGAAACAGACUUUAACGUCUCCCGAUGUGUAACAAAGGAGGGUCUGUACCUGAUCCGAGGCGAAUUCAUGCGAGCCUCCAGGGUUCUUGCGAUGCGACCACGUGCAUUAACUGCACUAGCUCAACUCUGCGAAGAACGCAACGAGACCACGCCGCCAGCAGCCGCCAACUCCCUCUUUGUUCCUCCUCGAUUGUCCAUACCCCCACAAACGCCCUAUACUGUCGGCAGUGGCUCAAUACGGGCUAAGGACUCUCCAGGACCCGAGAGAUUAUCGCCGCAACCCGAGUUCUUCGACCCUGAAAAUAGACCCGUUGCUGAUCGGGACGUGCCGUCGCAAUCUCCCCCGGAGCACAUGGCUCCCAAACGCAGUCAAUGGACAAGUCCGCCGCCGCCGGAAGCGCCUCUGGCUCACCACGCUAUGUUCGAGAAUCAGCUUGACGAAAGUCUCGCCAUCGCGACCGCGUCUUCUGCUGCUCGAGAGGCUAGUCGACUUCGCAACUGCAGCGACGUGUCUGACCUCACUAGCGACGAGGAACCGCUAUCAGAAGCGCCUUCUGAACUUGAAUCCGACGAUAUGCAUUCAGUGCAGUCCUUCACCGAAGGCUCUCAGCGGAUACCGACAGUCUCUCGCGGACCAGAGCUUCGAUCGCCUAUACCUGAAGACCGAUUCCCGAGAGGGCGAGUUUCUUCGCGUGGUGCGCAACACCAGAAUGAACCUGUAACUUAUAAGCCAGAAGCGCCGCCACCAGUUCGACCUUCGCCAAUGCGAAGGCCAAUGAACAGACCAGCCACUCACAAAGCUCAUCGAUUUUCAUGGCCUUCAUCACUCCCAAUACGAUACACUAUACCCGAUCCACCACCUAUUGGUAAUACCGCACAUCUUCGCAUUCCUGACUCAUCAACUGUAUAUUACGAAACACCGGUGUCCCCCAUCCAAUUUUCUACGCCUGCAUAUCCUGUCACUAAUAAUUCUCCUGGGCUCACCUCUAACGACCUCCGGAACUUUGUAAAUCUGUCUCUAGCCUCAAACUCGGCACAUCCUCAAUUAAUUUCGCCGGGCAUGCACGCAGCCCGAUCCCAGGACUCUGGCACCUCGCAGGAACCACGAACGGCGAGGCUCCCUCGUCCACCAAAUACCCCUUCGCAUUCUCACUCGCUUUCCACUGCCACCAUUACCCCCGCUGCCGCUGCUGCUGCCGCCCCGCCUUCCCCCAUCCUCCAACUCACCCAGCGGCUUAUCCAGUCCGCCCAGUCUAGAUCUCCCUCGCUGUCACCCUCGCGGCCGCACAUAUCGCCUUCGGGCUACAGUCACCUGACCUCGCCGCCGACAUCCAACUCGCACAGCAGCAGCCCAUCGACGCCGUCGACAAACUACUCUUCGCUGGCUCCCUCACCAACGAUUCCCCCGCAGAGCCAUGACCCAUCGCUCUAUACGCACAUGCAUGCGCACAUGCACACGCCGGCACAGCGCGACUUUGCUUUCCCGGGGACACAGUCCUCAUCCAAGAAACACCGGAUGCACCCGUCCCCGCGGAUGCUCCCGCCCAAUGUCGGCCCCAUCGACUUGACGCGUAGGUAGUAUUUCGUUCACGCUUCGUUCGUUGGAUAUCGUAUCAUGCACCCAUACACUCCUUUGGUUAACCCGCUCGUUGCUUGUUUGUCUGCUUGCUUUUUGUUCGCUUCUCUUCAUUCCAUUUCCAUUACAUCCGGAUCUGCACUCCCCAAUUGCUUUCAUUCGUCCCCAAUCCCAAUCCCAACCCCACCUAUGCCAUUCAUAUUGUACUCCACGCGCAUUACUCAUUAAACACCC